UGCACCCUGGUGCAUGUGUAUAUAACUGGACGUUUCGUCGAAAACAUGGCUGAACCGUCGUCCCGUCGUUCUGAUCGUUCAGUGAAAUUUUGUGUACAGUGAGAGAAUAAUCCUGACGUCAGACGCGCGUGAGUUGAAGUCAUUAUGACUUCGAUUCAUCUCGUCGUACAUCCUUUACCAGGCACCGACGACCAACUCAAUGAUAGGUUGAGAGAGAUAGCGGACAAAAUAAAUAGAUAUGGAUUUGUUACACCAUCGGCUUUUAAUUCCUUGAAAACACCGAUAAAGCGCAUCGUGGUUGGACCAACUCACAUUGCUCUUCUUACGGAUGAUAGUAGAAUAGCUAGAGUUGCAUUUACAGUACUACCGGAUAGAUUGGACUUGAGUAAAAAUGAACCUAAUAGAAAUACAAGUAAAAAUCAUGUUGGAAACUCUAAUUCCGCACCGAAUGGCAAUGGAAGUAGCAGUAGCGGCAGUAGGACGGGGAUGUCACGCUCGCGUGCGCGGAUCAUGCGUAACAGUUCCGCGAUACGUGGUGGUAGCAGCGGCGGAGGAAGCGGCAGUGGCGGUCGAAUAGGACCACCUGGAGUUAUUAUGGGUGGAGGAAGUGGUAGCAGUUCUCGUCCCAUCGCUUCUGUGCCGGCGCCGUUUGUUCCAGAAGAUCUGAUAUCUCAGGCGCAAGUUGUGUUACAAGGGAAAAGUCGUAAUCUUAUCAUCAGAGAGUUACAGCGUACAAAUCUAGAUGUAAACUUAGCAGUAAACAAUCUUUUGUCACGAGAGGAUGAAGAAGGUGAUGAUGCAGAGGACGCAGCGGAUAGUUACGUUCCAGAGGAUCUUAUUUCUUUACUAGAUGGCGGUUUCAGUAAUGAGCAUUCGGUUAUAAUUGAUGCUGAUUCUAUGUUUUCGGAAGAUGUAUUUGGAUACACUGGAAUAAGGCAUCGUGGAAGUUCUUCGCGUCGCUUAGGCAAUGACAGAGAAAGUGAACGUUCAUCUCACGAAAGGGAUCGAGAUCGAGAUAGCUUCAGUAGAUGGCGAGAUCGUCAGUAUUAUGGACCGCGACGUUGGCUAGAAACUGCCCUUAAAGAUUCAUGGGAAAAAGAUUCAGACAAUAAGAAGAAAGAAUUAGCUUCGCAAAGUCCACUGUGGAUAUCGGAAGAAUUGGAAUGGUGGCAUGAUCGCAGUAGCGAUGGAGUACCUCGCUUUGUACAGAUUGCAUCGCUUUACAGUGAAUUAAUUGCCAUUUCUGCAUCAGGACAAUUGUAUCAAUGGAAAUGGUCUGAAUCAGAACCAUAUAAAAAUCCAGAGAAUCCGAACGUGCAUCAUCCAAAAGCUAUCCCUUUGGCACUGACAACGGAAAAGAUAGUGAACAUAUCUGCUACAGCAAUUCGAUGUUCCGUCAACACAGAAAGUGGAAAAGUAGCAACUUGGCUUGAUGAGCUUUUGGGACACGUUGCUUCCCGUCUUGAACAUCCGGCGCAGGCUUUCACUGAAUUUACGUUGGAUAAAAUUGUAUCACUUCAUACGUGUGCUUUGUACACUGUUGCAAGACUAGAAAGUGGAACAUUAUAUUGGUGGGGUGUUUUGCCGUUUGCACAGCGAAAGAAAUUAUGGGAAAAAUAUAAAGCUAAAUCACGCAAACAUAGACCAUCCACUGUGUUAUCGAGUGACAUUAGUUAUGGGACACAUGUGUGCAUGAAAAAUAGUCCGGUUUAUCAGCCGGGAGCUAUUGGAUUUACGAUAGCCAAUGGUGUACCAAAAGUGGGACAGUUGCUGUCGGCUGCGUGGAAUGUUGAUGCCACUUGUAGAUUUAAAAUAUUACCCGCUGGUACACACGUAUCUAAUGCAAACGUAGAUAAACGUGAAUCUAACGGUAAUGGAAGUACAGCAGUCGUCAAUAAAUCGAACCACAAAGAAACUGCCGACCGGCUUGAUAUGCCACCACCGCCAUCUCCGGCUUCGAGCACUUGUAGCGACACUGGCAGCAUUACAACAAGUCAUAAACGCCAAAAACGUAUGGCACCUCGAAGUGAAGGAGAAUCCGAAAGGAAGGAUGAAGAGGAUUGGCAAUUGAAAGAUGUUGUUUUUGUUGAAGAUGUCAAGACUGUACCCAUCGGAAAAGUUAUAAAAGUUGAUGGUUGUUACGUUGCGGUCAAGUUCUUUUCGAAGGAUUCAAAAGAAAAGGAAAAAGAAAUUAAAGACAAGGAUUUUAAUACGUCAGACUUUAAGGAUCUUACGACGGAAGAGCCAAUGAAAUUACUAGCGGAUUGUAGACUUUUACGUAAAGAUGAGUUACAGGUAAUUAAAUCAUCAUUAAAUCCACGAGCUCCGGACUGUUUUCAAAGAACACCUAGGAGAGUUAACAUAGUGGAGGGUUCAAACGACAGUCUGUUAACUAUAUCUACUGACGGACAAGGUAUUCACGCUAUAUUGAAAAAUGGAAAUAAAUUGAGUUACGUCGUAUACAAUCUAAGUACAGGAAGAUACGUUCAAGAUUGUUAUAUUCCAUCUGAUAUUUCGUCAUUUUUGGGGCUACAACCUCAAAAUAUUAAUCUUACGAGUGCAGGAGAGAAUAUUGAAUGUUCUAUGAUCUUACGAGAUGGUAAUAAUACCAUUUAUCCAAUUGCGAAAGAUUGCGCCGAUGCCAUACGCGAUCCAAACUGGCUGGAUUUGGCACCGGUAAACUGUAUCGGCGCGACAACUAUUCCCAUUCCCAGCUGUUCUAAUUCGACCAAUUUGAAAAAUCAGGUUGCAGUCAUCGCAUUAGCGUUCGAUAAUCUUUUGCUCAUGCCGCGUAUAUUACGAUGCGAUCAAGAGAGUGUGAAGCAAGUAUUUUGUAAUUUGGAACAAGAUCUAAAAAAUAAUUUGACUUAUUCAAGUGCAAAUUCACAAAUUCAAAUGAUAUUAAAGGAACGCUGCGAUGGCAACCGAAAUAUACUUCACGCCUGUGUUAACAUGUGUUCACCAACUUCUAAUAAAGAAACUGAACAAGUUAAUGAACGUGAGUUAGUGUCGAAUACAGUAGAUGGAACUUCGGCACCUAUCGAAGAGCCAAUUCCGACGUUAAGUUGGCCACCGGAAGCAUUUGAUAAUACAUCGGGAGAAGAGGAUAGUUUAUUAAGCAUAGGUGCUGCUAGUAUAUCUAUGAUGAAUAAGUCUGGCGUUGCAGCUACAUCUAAUAAUACAUACAUUAUAGAUUCUGCUGAAAGACAACAGAAUGCAUGGGUUAUAUUAAGAUACAUGUGUGAAAAUAAUAUUUUGACACCGUACCUAAGGGAAUUAUUAACGGCAAAAGAUGCUCAAGGACAAACGCCGCUUAUGCUCGCCGUAUCGGUUCGUGCAUAUCGUGCUGCUCUUAUUUUAUUGGACACUAUACAAAGAGUUGGAAAAGAUGCGAAAGACAUUUCAGCCAUGAUAUUACCCGCUGAUGCCAGUCCGGAUCUAUCUCCACUGUUUGUUACUUGUUGCAAUGAUACAUGUAGUUUUACAUGGACUGGAGCAGAGCAUAUUAAUCAAGAUAUUUUUGAAUGCAGAACAUGCGGUUUAACGGGAUCUUUGUGUUGUUGCACUGAAUGCGCUCGUGUUUGUCACAGAGGUCAUGAUUGUAAGCUCAAAAGAACUUCACCUACAGCAUACUGCGAUUGUUGGGAAAAAUGUAAAUGUCGUGCUCUCAUUGCCGGCAAUCAAAUUGCGAGAUAUGACUUGCUCUGUCGUCUCGUACAAAACACUGAUCUCGCCACAAAAAUUAAUUCACGAGGUGAGAGCAUCUUGUUAUUCUUAGUACAAACGGUUGGAAGACAAUUAGUUGAACAACGUCAAUUUAGAUCGGCACCUAGGCAACGAUCAACUUCGGCUAGCCGUAAAGCGCCCACUUCGGACGCUUUUGCCACAGGUUUGGGUGCAGAUUCAGACAUGCCAGAUCAUGAUUUAGAACCUCCCCGAUUUAGUCGAAAGGCGCUUGAAAGAUUAUUGAACGAUUGGCCAGCAGUUCAAUGUAUGAUCAUGUCGGGUGUUUCUGAGAAUGGUACUGAUCAAUUAUUUGGUGAUCAAGGACAGCUAUGUCGGCAGAGUGGAACUGCGUUACUAGACAAGUUUACACAUUCCUUACUUGUGAAAUGUAGUGCCGAAAUGCUCGAUACGUUGCUCACUACUUUAAUCAGAGAGUUACAAGAUGAGUCAAACAAAGAAGAAGCAAAUAACGUAGCACGCCGGUUUGUGAGAUCAGUGGCUCGCAUAUUUGUUAUCUUUACUAUAGAAAUGGCACCAAACACGACGAAGAGGCGAAGCACAAGUCAAGCUUCGCAGCCAUUAAUGAAAUGCCGAAAAGUUUUCCAAGCGUUAAUCAAACUAGCUGUAGAAGAAUUAUGCGAGACAGCAGAUUCAUUGAUAGCACCAGUCAGAUUAGGCGUAGCACGUCCAACAGCACCAUUCACACUAACGAGUUCUGCCAUUGAAGUGAUUAAUGGCUCAGAGGAAUUAUUCUCUAUAGAACCUUUAAUACCUCACAGUGGCGUCAGUUCACAAACGUUGGAUGCGGCGCUCCAAACACAACAAGGAAAUAACAAUAUAACUAUGUCAAGAGGAGACGUUUCUGCUGUAGACGAAGCGGAAGGUGGAGAAGAAGUCCCUAUGGAUAUGGAUGGCGAUAUCAGUGAACACGAGGAAUCAGGUGUGUCUGGAACUGUCGCCGGGCAACCACUUGGUGAGGUUGACUCGAACGCCGGUGGUGUCGGCGAAGAACAAGCUGGAGAUGGUGAAUCGGACACGGAAUUGGACCUCCUGGCGGAAGCCGAAACUGAAUCGGAUUCAGAUGACAAUCAUAGCAAUCAAGAUGCAGCGUCAGCGCAACGUAGCGUGCAAACAGGCGCGACUGCAGGAUCCGAUGGUGGAAUGGGAUCGAUAUUAUUGUUUCCCGAGGAUGAAUCAGGAGAAUCAAGUCAACAAGAGGACGAUGAGAGCGAAGCGGGAGAAACAGACGAGCAAGAUAAUGAAGAAUUUCAGAUCGGUGAUGAACAGUUGGAGCGCAGAAGUGGUUCGUCUGGUCAUCUGCAUCGUAACAAUCUUGCGCCUGUGUAUUUGCAAUGGGCAAUACGCAAUCGCGAAUCGAAUACGCGUACAGCGGGAUUACGAGUAACAGGUGGAAGUAAUCUAGUAUUCAUCGACCCCGCGUCCUUGAGACGCACCACUGCCACGUCGGCUGUUGCAACCGCGCAGGAACCGAUAACCAUGGGGACUACCGCUAGUUGCUUGGCGCGAGCUUUCGGAAUUGUCAUCCGACAGAUCGCUGAUCUGUUGGUUAUGAUGCAAGACUAUAAGAAUUUAGCGCCUUCCUUACCACGUGUAAUGGAUAUUACUUUCCAAGACGCUCUAAAUCUACAGUCGUAUUUAGAAGCACAUCUGAAGCCUACUUGGGAUUGGUUGCUCACGGUGAUGGACGCUACGGAAGCACAGCUGAGAUUCGGGGUCUCCCUGACUCGUAGCGCGGACCCUACUCAUCCCGAACACCCUCUUAAUAAUGCUCCGUCGUUGUCGGGUGGUAAUUUCAGUGGCUUAUUAAAUACAGCUGCUCUUUCGUUGACUCUUCAAGGAAAUACAAGUCGGAAUCCUCGCGGUGGUAUUGCUACGAGCUCGAACAUCUCCACUCCGCAGGCUUCAACACGACUCACCGUUGGUUUUGCAGGCGUUGGCGAACCUCCAAGGAACAGUAGAGAGCGCGAAGGGAGCGAGGCGCACUCAGCGAGACGUGAAUUCUUAUCUUAUUGUUUGUCUUUAAUGCGCGCCCAUAAUAGCGAGCAUAGAGAUAGUCUGCCAGUUUUGGACGUUUCCGCUUUAAGACACGUCGCUUACGUGUUUGACGCACUUGUGUAUUAUAUGCGUUCUCUUUCGGAACCACUCGCUUCCAGAAGCGAGGCUCAAAAAGAAUCGUCCAGUUAUUCUAGUUGGAAUGAUCAGGAUGAAAAUGACAAUGAUGAAGGUGAGGAGUACAACUCACCAGCGCCGACUGCCAUGGAAACCGAUUCUGUAGAUUAUCCGGAUUUACUUCAAGUAUCCAUAUGUGGAUCUCAAGGACACGGCAGUUCAACGCCGAAAGGAAGAAAGCAUCCUUUCUUACAAAGAUCAGAUUCUACUUUAUGCCUUGGUUGCCCGCCUCUAGAUCCGUUUGAUACCGUAAUGAGCGAAGCGUUGCCGUUAGCUGAUCAGCCACAUUUAUUACAGCCGCAUUCGAGACGUGAAGAUCUAUUUGGUAUUCCGAGACAACCAACUUGUUCUAAUGCAGGUGGAUCUAGUCAGAAUCCUUUGGAAGGUUUACCGACGAGAUUAGGCCUCUCCGCACGCGGUAUGGAUAGUCAAAAUAGCUUGGCGACUCCGACGUUAAGUCAAGUAAUGCAAGGACCGCUUUCCAAUUUUAACUUGGAGUCAAGAAGGAAUUCCAUUUCAGGAGACUUAAAUCCGAGCUCGAUCAAAUAUGCGGAGAAAUUAAAAUCAUCUAAUCAUGCUAACGAGGGGCAUUCGUCUCUCGUAACGGAACAAAUCAUCGACAGAGCACCGAUUAUUGUAUCUACAAAUAAUCAAAGUGAUGCAGCAACAAGUAUCAAAGGCAAAGACGUUUGCAAAAAUAAUAGAAGCGUCAUAGUCAGAGCUGGAACGAUGUCGGAUUCAAAUACGAGUAAAGUUGGAGCACCUGAAAUACUGGUCGUCCCAACCGUCGAAAGCCAAAAUGUAUCUGAAGAGGUCGACCCAGCUGCUACAAACCACGAGAUAUCCGCUCACGAAACUGUUGAGACGAGUCCGGUGGAAUCCGCUAGAACGGUAUCAUCGAUCGGAACAAAUAUCUCUCAUAAUAUUUUGCUAGGACGAUGGCGAUUAUCGCUGGACUUGUUUGGACGAGUUUUUAUGGAGGAUGUAGGCUUAGAAGCUGGAUCCGUGGUAUCCGAAUUAGGAGGAUUUCCCGUGAAGGAGGCUAAAUUUCGCAGAGAUAUGGAAAAACUUCGAAAUUCACAACAAAAAGAUAUUACUAUUAAAGUGGAACGCGAUAGAACGCAGUUGCUAGUGCAGACGAUGAAAGAACUAAAUACGCAGUAUAAUAUAUAUAAUAGAAGAGCUUCGAAUACUCCGCCUCUAACAGUGAGCCGAGUUAAAGUCUUCUUCAAGGAUGAACCUGGCGAGGGAGCAGGUGUUACCCGCAGUUUUUACACUGCUAUUGCCGAAGCAUUACUCGCAAAUGAGAAACUUCCGAAUCUUGAAGCAGCUCAAGUAGGAUCGAAGUAUACGCAGUACAACGUCUUGCAGAAGCUGAAAAGCAGAGAUCGUGACCGUGAUCUCAGGCGACAGAACACACGUUCUUCUGGAAAAUGUCGCGAGACGCGUCGCGCCUUAUCCUUUGAUGCUCGUUCCUUCCAUCCUUCAAACGCGAUCGAAGGCAACAAUAGUUCGACACCUGGUAGCUCGUCCAGCACUCAUCCCUUGCCAAUUAAUCAUCCAAAUAAUGAUCACUUGACCAUGCAUCAGCAACAACUUGGCGACAGAUUGUAUCCCAAGGUGCAUGCUUUACGACCGGCAUUGGCUGAAAAAAUAACUGGCAUGUUGUUGGAGCUGUCACCGGCCCAGUUACUGAUGUUGCUAGCUUCGGAAGACGCUCUCCGACAGAAAGUGGAUGAAGCGUUCGAACUAAUCCACAGUCAUACUCAAGAUUUGACCAGCGAAAUGUUAGAUCUCGAUGUGUUUAGCCUGACCGAACGAUGCGCGGCAAGUAAGAAGAAAAUGGAAAACAGCAUUUUGGACGACACUGAGGACAAUGCACCGCUUUUCUAUUCUCCUGGUAAACGAGGUUUUUAUACGCCGAGGCAAGGCAGAGGUAGCUAUGAACGAGUAAAUGCAUUUAGGAACGUAGGCAGACUUAUAGGACUGUGCCUCUUGCAAAACGAGCUGUGUCCACUAUUUUUAAACCGUCAUGUAAUCAAAUACAUCCUAGGAAGGCCUAUACGUUUCCAUGACCUUGCAUUUUUCGAUUCCGUUAUUUACGAGAGCUUACGACAAUUGGUUAUCGAUGCUGAAACGAAAGACAGUAACAGUUUAUUUUCUGCGUUGGAUCUUACAUUCAGUAUCGAUUUAUGCCCUGAGGAAGGAGGUGGCUCAAUCGAACUUAUACCUAAUGGCCGCGACGUGGAAGUAACCGCGAGCAACGUGUACGAUUACGUACGCAAAUAUGCGGAAGUUCGUAUGAUCAAGGUGCAAGAGAAAGCUUUGCAUUCUAUGCGUGAAGGAGUCUUCGACGUUCUUCCCGAAGGAGCGCUCGAUGGUUUGACCUCGGAAGACCUGAGACUUCUUCUGAACGGAGUCGGCGACAUCAAUGUGUCGGUUCUGAUAUCGUACACAUCAUUUAACGACGAAUCUGGCGAGUCGACAGAGAGAUUAGUUAAAUUUAAACGCUGGUUGUGGUCCAUCGUUGAAAAGAUGUCGCACGUGGAAAGGCAAGACUUGGUAUAUUUCUGGACUGGCUCUCCCGCGCUACCAGCGAGCGAGGAUGGUUUCCAACCGAUGCCAACUGUGACAAUUCGACCGGCGGAUGACGCGCAUCUACCGACCGCAAACACGUGUAUCUCCCGAUUAUACGUUCCACUGUACAGCUCCCGUCACGUUUUGCGACACAAACUACUUCUCGCUAUUAAAUCAAAGAACUUUGGAUUUGUAUGAACUUGAUUAUGUGACUGCGCUUGUACUGUGUCUACAAGAUUGAGUCACAUUAUCGGUAUUGAUACAAAACCUGGAGUUGUACGUUGUUAUUUUUUUCUUCCUUAGAAACAAUUUUUAAACAUUUAUAAAUUUAUAAGGUGUAAUUAUGGAUUAUGAUCUUUUGUUCCUGAAAAAAAAUUUUCAUCUUUGUAAAGCUUUAUGUUAUAUAAAGUGUCAUAUUUAAUCCUCUCUUUUCCCUCUUUUCCUUUCAUCCUGCUCUUAUCUCUCUCUCUCUCUCUCUAUCUCUCUUUAUAGCAAAUAAAAUUUUUAAAAGCA